GUAGCAGCAGACAAACGAGAACUUGUUUCGCGAACGACCGAGAUUAUGCAAAUUAGAUGUCAGCACAUUUUUCUGAUUUUCAUUGUUCUCUGAAACAUUUCUCUGUUUCCAGUUCAAGAACUAUGGUCAUCGUUUAAUCUUUCUCACAUCUCUUAUCUCUUCAAUAUAAUUCCAAACGGCCAGAAACUAAAUGCAGCACAGGUAGGGGAUACCGUUCAAAAUUUACCUUUUUGUUAUUUUGAUUUUCUGUGACCGACGAUUGAAGAUGAAACAAGAACCAGAACCUGAAAUGUUUGCAUUUUGGAAAGUGGUUAUCGAAUUGGAGAUCCUGUGAGAGAAAUUGGAAAUUUGCAUAGGAAAAUACUGAUAGGCAUCACACCAUUCUGAAUAUUUAAGUUGUUGCUGCAGAAACACAACUUGAUGGAAGACAAUACUGAAAAGGCAGACUACCAGUGUGAAAUUUGUGGCAUGCAGUUUUCAAGCAAUUCACUGCUUAACCUGCAUAUACAGACUCAUAUUGAAGAGAAACCACAUAAUUGCAACGUAUGUGAAAAAACAUUUGCAAACAAACUCCAGUUAGCUAGCCACUUAAUGGUUCAUACUGGAGAGAAACCAUUCAGCUGUGAUGUUUGUGGUAAAACAUUCUCAAGUAAAGUGUAUAUGACUCAACAUAAAAUAAUCCAUACUAAAGAGAAGCCACAUCAUUGUGACAUUUGCAAUAAAACAUUCUCCAGGAAACACCAGUUAGCUAGCCAUUUAAUGGUUCAUACUGGAGAGAAACCAUUCAGUUGUGAUGUUUGUGGUAAAACAUUUACAAGUAAAGUGUACAUGACUCAACAUAAAAUAGUCCAUAGUGGAGAGAGGCCACAUCGCUGUGAGGUUUGUGGGAAAGCAUUUUCUAGAAAACCUCAGUUAAAUAGUCACAAACUGGUUCAUACUGGAGAGAAACCCUACAACUGUGACAUUUGUGGCAGAGCAUUCUCAAGUCGAGGGAACAUAACACAUCAUAAAGUAAUUCACACAGGGGAGAGACCACACAAAUGUGACAUUUGUGGUAAAGCUUUUCCACAUAAAGGUAAUGCAGUUAAGCAUAAAAUGGUUCACAUUGGAGAGAAAGCAUUACAGUGUAAAAUUUGUAACGAGACUUUCACAAAUUGUGAAGAACUAAAGAAACACAAGCAAUCUCAUGUAGGAGAAAAACGACAUAACUGUGACAUUUGUGGUAAAGCUUUCUCUAGAAAAUCACACAUAACUCGACAUAGAAUGAUCCAUACAGGAGAGAGACCACACCAUUGUGAUAUUUGUGGUAGAAGGUUUGCUGACAAUGAUGACUUAAAGAGACACAUAAUGGUUCAUACUGGACAGAAGCCAUACCAGUGUGAAAUGUGUGGUAAAGCAUUUGCAAAUAAUGGUGACCUGAAGAGGCAUCGACUAAUUCAUACAGGUGAGAAACCUUACCGCUGUGAUAUUUGUGGUAAAACAUUUUCAAGAAAAUCUUAUGUAACUACACAUCAAACAAUUCACACAGGAGAAAGACCAUUCAGUUGUGAAAUCUGUGGUAAGACUUUCUUGGUUAAUAGUAACUUAAAGAAGCAUAUGACAAUUCAUGUAGCAGAAACCUAUCAAUGUAACUAUUCAUUUGAUAAUGAAUUCAAGAUUUCUGAUGUUCUUCAAACAGGAGAAUGAUGUAAUGAUCAUGAAAGUUGUGAUAACACAUUGUUGCAAAAUGAUACUGUAAAGCAGUACAAAAUGGUUCUUUUUUUCACACGAGAGAAGCUAUCAAUCAAUCAAAAACUAUAAUCUAAGGAGGCCAUAGGUUUACAGCAAGAAACACUACCCCCCCCCCCAUUAUCUUUCUCUUUGUCCAUUCCUUCAGUUUGCUCAAUCCUAUUUUUGGUUUUUUAAAGCUCUUUUAGGGGUCGGGUUUGUCCAUUUGUAACCACAUUUGUUAAGGAUGGUAGCCAUGGUACCACAUUACACGGCCACAUCAUUUUAUUUUCACUUUCAAUGUAGGCCUGACAGGAUAUAACAAUUGCGGCCCAUAAACACUACUUCUGGCUGUAGUUGGAUGAGUCUUCUGCAGCACCAUAUCACCAGUCAACUCCUCUGUGAGAUACAGCAUCUUCAAGUCAGCCUUUCACCACUUCAUUCCAUUUCUUCCAUGGGUUCCACCAUCUUGAAGUGCCCAGCACUGCAGGAUUCAUCCUCCACAAUCAUCACAUACCUAUGCCAGCAUAGCCUUCUCUUUUGCAUACAACACCUGAUUUUUCUCUCAGCUCAUUUGUACUCUGGUAUUCAUGUAUACUAGCACUACAGAUCCACUGGAGUAAGCUUGUAUCUUUUCUUUGUAGCCUUUGCAAGUCUUCUGCAUUCAAGACCCACAUCUCACUGUCGUGCAGCAUAGUAGUUCUCACACACACUUUAUGCUUCACUCUGAGGUGAGAAAAAAACCUUCAUUACCAACAGAGGUAGUAACUAUCUGAAUUUUCUCCAGCCUGUUCUUACUCUAGCUGUUGUAUUUCUGAACAAUCCUCUCUCUAGGUAACAGAAGUUAUUGACUACAUCCAGUGAUCCAACCAAGCAUUUAAGAGAGUCUAUUUCCAGUGUGUACAGUGUGUAUUUCUCCCGUAUACCUAAAACAUGAAACACUUUCACUAUAAGUCUACCUGUGAUCACACAUACAUCUCUUGUAUGUCCAUAGCUUAGCCUGGUUACAACAUAUGGAGUUUAUACCAAGCUCACUAAAAAGUUCUAGGACAUUCCAUUUGAGGACCACAUCUAGUUUCUAUGGCUAAAUGCUCUUCCUAUCACCAACUGCAAAAACGGUAUACUAGGUGCAUUUUAUAAAUGGCACCAGCAUGAGAGGAGUUGUCAUGUCCUUAGUAAAGCUAGGGUCCUUGCCAUGCUGUCCUCAAUUGUUUUGUUUACCAAUGGUUACUGAGUGCAUUUUAUCAUGGCAGCAUCAUAAGUGGAUGAUAGAAUGGGGUACCUUGUACCCCUUCAUUCUGGACACAUCCCCUACCAGUUUUAGAUAUCUGAUGUUUCUCUCACACUAUAUAGGUUUAUAUGUCUGACGUUUACUGUUCAUUUAUUUUCCCCUUGCUACUCCUGCUAUUACCUUUCUAUAGCUUUUUGUAAACACUAUUCUAUCUCUAUGUUAUUGCCACCAUAGAAGUGGUCAGUGGCUUGCAUUAGUUUUUCCAUUUAUGUCGUAGAAGUUUUCUAUCUCUGUCUCUAUUGGAAUAUCUAUUGUUUCAAUAAUAUAUAUGGAAGCUGACCUUCACAGAUAUUGCCAGUAUUCACAAACAGGCUUUCACUUAGUUGUUGUCUUCUUACAAUCCUCAUAACUUGCAGCUAGCAUUUUACUAAUGAUGAACCUGUUUGUGAGGAAUGGUGUGUGGAUCAGAUCUCAAAGCCAAGAAGAACAAAAUGAAUUUUGCUAUGAAACCACCUGACAACUGACUAGUUGUUUGACUCUAUCUGAAGUUACUGGUAUUGAAUCAUUUUAUUUGCUUCACAGCACUCUAGAAAUUGUGUUCCCUCUUCAUUUCUUUUCUUCUUUAGUACAAAAGACACUACUGCUUCCUCUUAUAACAAAUUAAUUUCCUUUGCUGUGAUUAUAUAAUAGAAUAAAAUUACAAUUGUUUACCUUUCGCGCUGUAAAGUCUAUACUCUCUUACUGGAUACAGUGACUGGAUUAUGACCAUGAUAGGGCAUUACCUUUGAGGAUUUCUAUCAAUCAUAUCAACCCCUGUACUUUUUUCACUUUGUUACUUUAUUGAUCUGCAUUUGACAAAUCACCAAGUUACACAUUUUGACACAAUACUGGCGAGACCAUUGUCAAGAAGUUGUUGUCUAACAGUCCAAGCUGAAGCCCUGACACCAGCUGAUUCCCACACUUUAGCAAGCUGUUUGCUGCUGGCACUUUGAUCCGUCAAUGAAUUUCUCACGAAAGUCCUGUCUUGGCAGUCAGAGGACAGGCAUUGACAACCAGGGGUCUUUUUCACCGUCAAGGAUCCUGUCUCUUUGAAAGGAUUUAUAAUCCUGUACACAAUUCUUUCAGGUGCAAUGCCUUUAGUAACAAUAUCCUGUGUUGUUAGGCCAUUUUGGUGGAAAGAAAUUAUUGACUGACAUUUUCCCUGUGUCAAUACCAUCCUUGCAAUAACAGAAAAUAAAAUUUGAAGUUUUUGUGAGGAAAAGAGCACUCAUUAAUUAAAAUUCAGUCAUAAAAGGCUCAUGGUGUUAUGACAUUAUACUUUACUUACUGUUCUGGUUAUUAAGUAUUAGUUUGUAUGUGAUUCCAAUUUGAAAUUAUGAAGAGGAAUAUGAUUUCCACUUGUAGGAAAUAUAACCAGUUCCGCAAACUGAUGACUAUUUGCAGAAUUUAUUAGUUUUUCAACAGUUUUUCUUUCAAAUCUUAUUGGAUAAUAGAUAACCUGUUAAAUAAUAUUGAAUCAUUAACAUUCACAUAUUUCACAUGAAGUAGCAAAAAAAACAGUGUUUGCCAAAAUCAUUGGCCAUGACUGUACCUACACAUUACUGUAACUAUGAAAAAAUAACCAUAGUGUUCCUACAAAAAGUGGUUGUUUGAGGAAUGUAGAUGUAACAAUGAGUCAGGUGCAGCUGGGUUUGUUGGUAAAAUUUAUGGUCAAUCAGAUUGAAGGUAGAGAAUCUUGUGAAUUCCUUAGAGAUGGUGGCUGAGGUGCUGAAAGCCUAACAUAAUACUAUAUAAUUUAUUGAAUCAAUUGGGCUGUUCUGUUUAACCCUGGAUCAGCAGUGUUUUGGCUGACUUCAAGUAUUCCAGCUGUGACAAUCCAAUUUUUAUCAUUUUUUUAGACAUAGUGAAUUCAGGUUUAUCUUACGUGUCCUUCAUUUUUUUAACUGGUAGGGGUUACUUGGCUGCUAUUUCUUAUUUAUUGGAUUCUUCGACUAUUGUUUGAUAGCAUGUCAAAGGGGUGAAUUUAUAAAACUCUACUAUCUUUGAAUUUGCAGUAGAGGCUCAUUAAUCAUGUUAACGAUAAUCAUUACAUAUUGGCACCAUUCUAGAAACUGCUACAUAACUAAAUGAGAUGCACUGUCAACUGCUACACAGCUAAAUAAAAUACAUUGGAGAGUGAGAAAUUAAAAAGGCCUCAAAUGAUUAGCUACAAAAGUUGUUGAAAGACAGUGUAGUGUAAACAAGACAGAUCAAGGUUUAAAAUGCAACUGACAGUUGUUUAAUUUUAUUGUUCAUUAAGCCUUUAAUUACCAAAGAAUUGAUCUUUAUAAAUUUAUUAAAAUGAAUCUGAAUAUGAUAUUAAGAAAGAAGAAACUCGUGUAAAUGAAUUCAGUUUUGAUUUACUAUCACUGUACGUGCAUAUGAUCUUGUAUUUUUAAUCUUCACACAGUUGUCUACCUUUUUUUUAUACAACUAAAGUGAUCAGUGAGGCCAAAAAUCCAUUUACUUCAGUGAAAAAAAUGAAUCAAAAUAUAGCAAACCCCACAAGGUUUUUAAGUGACAGCCAUAUGUUCUCAUCAAAAUAUUGAAUUUGCAAUUAAAAAAAGGUAAAUUUAAAUUUCACGACAAUCAGGAAUGUUGAUUUAAGUGGAUUUAUAAUAUUUUUUUAUAUGAAUGCUUGGUAAAUACUGCUUAAUAUUCGUUUCAAAAUAUUUGUUUAUGCUAUAGUAUAUGUGUUUUUAGCUUAAACAACAUUGCAAGCUUUAUUGAUGAUUACACCCUUCUCAACAUUUUUCAUUUUUUUUUUAUAUUGAACCGUUUUACCGAUUUGCAUUUUAGUGUGACCCAACCAUAUAAUUUUAUAAUUUAUUGUUCCAUAAAUUAAAUGCUAUAUUUUUAAAAACGAAUGAAGGCAUAAUGUAACAAACACUAAGAGAGAAAAAAGAUUUUAAAAAACAUUUCAAAACCUCCUUACAAGGGUCCAUUUGUAAUAUUUUCUGUCAUGAAAUAAAGUAACAUUGACUAUUUCUUAA